UACCUGUAUGUUGACUCCUACUGAUGAGGAAAGUGACCACCAGCUCCUCUCUCACAACUCUCAUGUAGCUGAGAGCCAAGAUCAGAAAGGAGGCAAGCAUGGAGACUCAGGCUCAACUAGAAAUGCAGAGCCAAAUCAACAGAAUCAACAUCACGAAAGCAUAAGUCACAGUAACAAUGUCGACAACCCUAACCUGUCAGAGAUGCACUGUGAUUCUCAUACAGGCAAACAGCCUUUAAAAUGUGACGCAUGUGGAAAAGACUUUAAGCAUAAAUACUCACUAGAGAGACAUCUGAGAACCCACACAGGUGAGAAGCCAUAUUCUUGUAAAAUAUGUGGGAAUGGAUUUAAUCACAAAUCAUCAUUGACCUCUCAUACAAGAAUCCACACAGGUGAGAAUCCAUAUUCUUGUGAAACAUGUGGGAAAGGAUUUAAUAAUAAAUCAGCAUUGACCUCUCAUACAAGAAUCCACACAGGUGAGAAGCCAUAUUCUUGUAAAACAUGUGAGAAAGGAUUUAAACAGAAAUCAGCAUUGACCUAUCAUACAAGAAUCCACACAGGUGAGAAUCCAUAUUCUUGUAAAACAUGUGGGAAAGGAUUUCAUCAGAAAUCAGCAUUGACCUCUCAUACAAGAAUCCACACAGGUGAGAGGCCAUAUUCCUGCAACACGUGUGGGAAAAGAUUUAAUCAGAAAUCAUCAUUGACCGCUCAUACAAGAAUCCACACAGGUGAGAAUCCAUAUUCUUGUAAAACAUGUGGGAAAACAUUUCAUCAGAAAUCAGCAUUGACCUCUCAUAUAAGAAUCCACACAGGUGAGAAUCCAUAUUCUUGUAAAACAUGUGGGAAAACAUUUACUCACAAUUCAUCAUUGACCGCUCAUACAAGAAUCCACACAGGUGAGAAUCCAUAUUCUUGUAAAACAUGUGGGAAAACAUUUACUCACAAUUCAUCAUUGACCUCUCAUACAAGAACCCACACAGGUGAGAAACCAUAUUCUUGUAAAACAUGUGGGAAAAGAUUUAAUCAUAAAAAAGGAUUGACCUCUCAUACAAGAAUCCACACAGGUGAGAAACCAUAUUCUUGUAAAACAUGUGGGAAAACAUUUACUCACAAUUUAUCAUUGACCUAUCAUACAAGAACCCACACAGGUGAGAAACCAUAUUCUUGUAAAACAUGUGGGAAAGGAUUUAAACAGAAAUCAGCAUUGACAUCUCAUACAAGAACCCACACAGGUGAGAGGCCAUAUUCUUGUAAAACAUGUUGGAAAAAAUUCCGGUCUAAUGAGAAUUUGAAAGCCCACAUGAGAACGCACAUGGGGGGAAAGCUACAUCACUGCAGCAGAGGUUCCAGAGAUUAAAGAGUAACAGGAGGAACUAAAAUGAGUUUGACACUCCUGACUUCAGGGUUACACUCUGUAAUAAGUGUUUGAUCAUACACUAUUUCUACACUACCUCAGAAAUGAGGUCACUGAGGUUUUUUCUUUGUUAGAGGAAGAUUGUCUGUUUUGGGUUAUUGGAUUGCAAUGGGAUAGUGCUUGAUCACCUGAACGUGUAAAUGUAGCAGAGAUAUGGAUGGUGGGAUGCUGGGCUUAAGAAGCUUGUGCGUAAUGCAUACUGGUACAUGCAGGCAGUCCCUGCACUGCUCCGCGAGCAGGAGAACUCAGCUUUAGGAUUCAGGGGGAUCUAUUUGCAGAAAUGGAAUAUAGUAUUCAUAACUGUUUUCUUUCAUCUAUAAUCACAUGAAACUAAGAAUCGUUGUGUUUUCAUUAGAUUAGAACUGAGCCCUUCAUAUCUACAUGAGAGCGUGUCCACUUCCACUGAGACCCCCAUGUAGCCUCUUUAGUAUCCCAGAACAGACGAACCAAACUCUGGCUCUAGAAAAGGUCUUUCGUGUUUUUACGUUACCGGAAGCCACUGUAGGUUCUCACAACACUUGGAAAAGGAGGUGGGCAGAGGAGUAUUCAGUUAGUUGCACCUGCAACCUCACCGCUAGAUGCCACUAAAUCCUACACACUGGACCUUUCUAAGGGGACAGUUAAUGUUGUAACUGACCAUGAUGAACAAACUGUUGACCAAGAUGAAUGUUACUGCAUUGUAUGCAACUUUUUAAUUGAACAACGGUGACACUGAGCAUGGGUGAUUGUAGCAACACUGUUAAUAUCAUUUGUUAUACUGCUGCACAUUGUUUGAAGACUGACUGUGACAGAACAUAUUGCUGUAAAGGCCAGAAGCUAUAGAAGCUUAAAGAGAACGUAUUCAUAUCACACAUGUUUGUUACCAAGGUAGAAUGGUGCAUCACAUUUUACGGUUUGUAAAUAAUGAAUGUGUGUAUACAUUGUCUUGAAGUAAUUUCUUUCUAAAUGCUGCAAACAUAUUGU